UUAAAAGCUGUGAGUAUUUGUCUCAUGUGUGCAAGAAUAACAAGAGAUAAGUAGGUUCUUCUUAUAUUCGGAAGAUCUCAGUAUUACGGAUUUGGCCCACAAAUGUUGUUUGGGUUGAUUUCAAAUGCCUUAUUUUCGUAGAAAUUCUAAUAUCUCCCGAAUCUCUUUCUUACACUCAUUCACAUAUGACCGAUGCACUGUUCUAGUGCUCUUUCUUGGGCAACUUUUAUGGGUUUUACAGUGUUCUGUGAUGUACGCGUGUACCUGACUACCUGUCAAAUUCCUAUAUUUUCAUUUCAUACGCAUGUGUUCUCUCCACUUGCCAUCCAGAGAGGCCCUGGCCGUUCAUUUCAAUAGUGUGAACCUCAUCCUCCGUUUGUCAAAUCCAUGCAUUUUCACAUGCACCUUUUUCAGACUGAGACGACUCUAUGUCUCUAUGCGCACUGCAUUGACCCAGCCAGCGGCACAGCAACUUGCCCGAAGAAUGGCCGCUUCAAAGUCUGCACGCGCUGCCAUGACCAGACCAGCAACUUGCCUGCAGAAUGUCAAUGGUACGGGCGUAGGGCAUACCUGCACGGUAUGAACGAAUGUCAAUGGUGCAUCUAGUAGUAACCGGCUAGUGGCAGAGUAGAUAAGAGUGUUUGAACACAUGCCUUCCACUUGAUGAACACAAGUGUGCAUGCAUGGCUGGGUGCGCGCGCGUACAUACGUGAGAUACGGAAGUCCUCUCUGGAACGCAUAUAUAAACAUACAAAUCCCGGGGCCAGCCGGCCAGGAGGCAUUCCUCAAGCCUCAUCCAUCAAGCCCUGCCCUGCCAAGCUAGCUAGCUAGAGAGGAUGGCGCUUGCUCCCCGGUCGUCUCUGCGCUCCCUGAUGCCGCUCAUGUCCCACGGGAAGCCACGGCUGAGCUCUUUCUUCUCCUCCUCCGCCGUCGCCACGGGUGUUCCGCCGGCUGCCCCAGGAGCCAUUGAUACUCCUCCGGCCGUCCAGCCCCCAGCUCCGCCAGGCCGUUCAUGCCCCAAGCUCCCUGUCGAGGAGUUUGUUCAUCACCCGAUCCCUGGGGGUCCACGUUCGCGUCCACGUAAGGCUUGUCUGAACGCCCCACAAGAUCCUAGUCGUGCAUACCCAGCUCCUGAUCAUGGUUCACGUAGGACAUGUGAACCUGUGUCUGAUGGCAUCUUCGAAGAUCCUCGACACCCAGUUCCUGAUCCAUCAACUAUGGCCGUAACCAACGAGCCUGCGCGGUGCACCCGGGAGCAUCCCAAGUACCCAAUUCCCGACAGUUCAAGCGACAAGGUCUCCUUCUGCUCCUCCGCUGUCCCCCCACAGGCUGCAGGAACUUACAGUACUCCGUCUGCCCCCGACGUUCAGCCUCCAGCUCUGCCAGAUCGGUCAAGCCGCAAGCUCCCUGUUCCCGAAGAGGCUGUUAUUCACCCAGUUCCUGAUCCAUGACGUAAAAGUCUUAGCCCCGUAAUAGAAGAGCCUGCCCAGUGCACCCUGGACAACCCCAAGUACCCAACUCCUGAUCAUGGUUCAGCCAGCCCAUCUGAACGUGUAUCUGAGGGCUUGUUAGACGAUCCUCUACAUCCGGUGUGUGAUCCGCCACCACGUAGGCCAUAAUAGACGCAGUGCACCCAGGAGCAUCCAAGCCGAUACGAACGAGUAACAUCCAUGCAACCUAUUCCCUCCGUUUCUAAAUAUAAGUCUUUUAAGAGAUUUCACUAAGAGACUACAUUCGAAGUAAAAUGAAUGAUUCUAUGUUCUAAAAUAUGUAUAUAUACAUCCGUAUGCAGUCUCCUAAUGAAACCGCUAGAAAGACUUAUAUUUAGGAACGAAGGGAGUACUAAUAUUGUAUCGCGUACGAGAAAAUCUGGGCUGCUUUCCCUGGUUUCUGCCCAUACUGGGCUGUGUAUUGCCUCAUAAUUUUGUUGCGAUGGAUCCUCGUAUUGUGAGAUGAGAAAAAUAUCGGUGGUUACUGGCUAGUUACUGCUGCGAUUUUGUAAUCUCAAUACAUGCUGUUAAGGAAAAGAAUCAUGGUUGAGCCCCA